CUUUUUCUCGGCCCUGAUCCGUCCCAGUUCCACCACAGUCCCACUUUCUCUUGCGAGGAAGUCUGGAACUCGCCACAACGUUUCCCAUGCUUCGACGAAGAAUCUCAACAUCGUCUUCAGUGAUAUCUUCUUCAAUUCAAUUUCGAUUCGUCUUUGCAAAGUUCUGAGCUUUCCGAUGAUCCCACUCUCUUUGGAAAAAGAGAUUAGUGUACUAGUUGCUGAUCAAUAGACAAGCUUGAAGAUGGAAUGGUAUAUUUUACUAUAGAAUUUGCAUUUAUCUGAAAAUGGUCAAGGAAGCACACAUGGAAGUAGAUAGUGGUAGAUGUAGUAACGGUGUUUUGCAAUCAUCUGAGGAAGAUGAUUUAGAUGGUUUUUGUGGAUCAGAUGUGGAUUCAGAUAAGGAAGGAGGCAUUUCGUUCUGUCGUGUGUGUCACUGUGCUGAAUCGGACAGCAGAGGUGAUACGGCAUUAGGUUUCUUAGACAUUCUCCCUCCAUUACGGGAUGCGGUAGAGAAAAAUGGAGAUGGUGACUUAAAUAAUAAAGUUUCCCCCAGGUUUAUUGAAAAGGAUGUCAUCCACACCAAGAGUAGCACAAGGGAACCUAAAUUUAUUGAGUUUGUGAGCCCUGAAGGAGAGGUCUUUGUCUGUAGCAAUGAUCUGGAAUCGGGUUCCUUUCAUCAGCAAGAUAUGCUGAUCAGUCUUGGGUGCUCUUGCAAAAAUGAACUUGCUCUUGUGCACUAUGCGUGUGCAUUGAAGUGGUUCAUUAGCCAUGGAUCCACAGUUUGUGAAAUAUGUGGAAAUGUUGCCUCAAAUGUUAGGUCUGCUGAUUUCAAAAAGGUGAUGGCAUCUUUAAAAGACUAUGAAUCGUUAAGGGAACGGACUGCUACCGGAGAAGUUACUCAUACUGAUGUGGAGACAAAUUCAAGUGUAGAUCCUGAUGCUCUUGCUGCCAUUCGAAGACAAAGGCUCAGUGAAAUAUCUUCGUGGUUCAAUCCUCACAAUAAUACUGCUACAGUGUCACAUGAAAAUUUUGAUCAGUUAUUCAGUGCUCCCACUGAACAAAUAUCUUCUGUAGAGAGUUCUGCAACAAGAUGGACUCUAGAAGGUACAGGGAUAUUGGUAGCCACUGGUCUCCUCACAUUGGUCCUUGCAUGGCUAGUUGCCCCUCAUGUUGGUAAGAAAAUCGCAAUUUCCGGUCUUUAUAUUCUUCUUGGAUGUGUGUGUGCCCUGACAACACUUGUCUCUCUUAGAUUUAUAUCUUCUCGAUUCACAUAUGGACCAACAAGAUAUUGGACAAUUUCUUUUGUAUUUGGGUUCUUAAUAUUUGGGAUUUGGGCAGAACGGACUCGUCACAUCCGUUCUUCAUGAUGCUGUUGGUAAAUUCUGCAGUGCCAUACCGUACCCUCAUAAAUGUCUACUUAUGAAAGUUGAUGUCCAGUGUGCGAGAGAUCCUGUGUCUUGUGUGACCUGAAUGUAAAUUGUGAAUGGUUUGCUAAAUAUGUCACCCACACUAAUAACCUUUUUUGUGGCCUUCAAAGCAUGCAGAUUGCAGAGUGAGCCAGCAGCAUUUUAGAUUGAAUCACGGGAUAGCAAACUUUUCGUUCCAAAGAUGAGAUUGAACAUUAAAAAGCCUUGCUACCUGCUUCUGCGAUUGUGAGUUUUCAAAACAUCAAAUUUUUUUCUUUUUUUACUGUAGUUACCAAGUCAACUAUCCUAUAUAUUGUGUGAUAUAUGGUAAAUUUUGAAGAAUUGUUUUGCUAUUUCUUGAGCUUGAAUUAUUGAAUCAAUGAGUCAAUUAUCUCUGCUGUCAUUUGCUCA